UUCUGUGGAAUGACACUGACCCUGAUUGACUGCGCGGUCCUGUCUCAUGCCAUCGGACUCUGUGAUACAAUAAAACACCUCAACCUGCAGGACUGCCACAUUCAGUGUGAAGGAAUCCAGCGGCUGGGACCCGGGCUGCACAAGUGCCAGGAGUUGAGACUGAACAAUAAUAAACUGGGAGAUUCAGGAGUGAAACUGGUGUCUGCGGCUCUGUGGAAUCCGGAUUGUAAAAUACAGACACUGGAGCUGAUCAAUGUCGGUCUCUCAGAUUCUGGUGCCGAGGAUCUCGUCUCCGCUCUCAGUACAAACCCAUCACUGACGGGGCUGAACCUGGGAUCAAACUCGCUGACAGACCGAUCUGUCCCCGCUCUCCGCCGCCUCAUACUGACCCUCCCGAGUCUGAAGUGGAUCGGGCUGGGGGGGAAUCGGUUCAGUGAGACCUGGGGGAAGGAACUGAGAUCUCUACAGGAACCCAGACCCGGACUGAGAGUGGAUCUGUGAACAUCUGAAUGUGGUGAAUCGGUUCAGUGAGACCGGGAUGAAGGAACUGAGAUCUCUACAGGAACCCAGACCCGGACUGAUGGUGGAUCUGAAUGUGUGAACAUCCCCGCCCGCGGGAUGGGGACAUUUGGCCGACUCCCCGCCCUCCCCUUUAAAUCCCGCCCUUACCUUUAAC